UGGUUUAUAUGUGAUAAGAGUACAUGCCGAUGAUAUUUUUUCUAAAUAUAACAGGUAUUGUUAUUUCGAUAGAGGCUCAGGAAAUUAUAAAAGUUAUAUAAACCUCCUUGUUUACAACCUUAAACAGAUGAUCCUUAAAAAGUUCAGUAGUAAGCGGACAUUUGAUUUUAAUACAUACAGCAUUUGUUUAACAAGGUACACAAAUAUAUAGGAGUUUUCCCGAUUUAUUUUUAAUGUUUCGAAGAUGUUUUUUGCAGUUACCUUGUGAGACGUCCUUUUAAAAGUGAUAACAAAGAGUAAAAACGGAUAUCAUUGCGAUUCGAAAAAUGAACAUCACUUUGGGAGUCGCAGUUUCUUCUCCACAGCAAGCAAACUCUAAAACCUUGGAAGAGUUCAACGAUGAAAAGGCAAGACAAAGACUUCCUACAAUAAUCUUUCUGUGUAUCCUUAUAGCAUUCGGCAUUAUUGGAAACAUGGUGGUUCUUGUUGUGUACACUCUAAGGUACCGAUCGUCAACCUUUAGGACUUACAUUCUGACGCUAGCAGUGGUGGACCUCCUAUCCUGCCUCAUAGCCAUGCCUGUAGAACUGGUGGAUAACCUGUACCCACUUAUGUUCUUCAUCGAAGGCUUCUGCAAAGGUGGAAGAUUCUUGGGUCAUGUUUUCAAGAUUGGAUCUGCAUUCAUUAUUUUGGUAAUGGCAGUUGGACGAUUUAGAAAGAUCUGUCGACCCUUCAGUAAACCCAUCUCUGUCAAGAAAGCUCAGAUUUUGUGUGCAAUUGCAAUAUUUGUAGCCAUCUUGUUUGCUUGGCCGAAUGCUAUUAUUCAAGGGAUGCGCCACCAUUAUUUGAAAGGUGGUGUAGUAGGUUAUGACUGUUCCGUCGAUGAUAGGGUGAAGAAAACCAUCUACCCCUUUGUCUACACUAUUGUUUUAACCGUUGUCUAUACUUUUGUUUUCAUCAGCCUACUUGUGUUGUACACAAUCGUAAUCCUGAAACUCAGCCAGCAUUCUAAGGUGGAGGACAAAAAGCAUCGAAUCAGUCCCCGAAUUACCAAGAUCAUGAUUGCUAUAACAGUGGCCUUCAUCCUCUCCUACAUACCGGACUGUAUCCUGGAUGCCAACUCCACCUUUAACAAAGGAAACACGCUGCCCUCCACACCCGUAGUUCUGGGAACUCUACCAUUAUUAGCCAGGGCUUACUUUGUGAAUAACGUAAUAAACCCUGUUAUCUAUUUUGUUGGGGAAUCAAAGUUUCGUAGAAUCAUUAAACUGUCCAUGUUAUGGCUCUUCCACUAUCUCUUUCAUCGGAAUAAAAAUGCGGUUGGUUCACAACAUUUUAAGAUGUCGGACACCUUCAGAAAAGAGGACGAGCUGGUCACAGCGAGGCAAACAACAUCAAGCACUAGGACACAGCGGCCAGGAAGCCAGUACCAACAAUUCACAGCAUAACAUCAAACUGUAUAUCAGUACAAAUGAACAUAAAAUUCAUAGCUAAAGUUCACUUCAUUGCUCUGAAUGUAUUACAUGUAUAUGUUGCUUGCAAAUGUUGAGGUAUUGCAUUGUAUCAUCUUCAUAUUUCGCUUAUUAAAGCUUUGCUGAAAAUGAAUAAGUCUGAGUUGAUUAUUUAAGAGAUAAUUUUAAAAAAGUUUUCAGUUUGAAAAUAAUGUACAUGUACCUGUAAGUCCAUCCUGCAAUAACAAAUAUUCAAAGCUCAGAUCAAAAACUCACGUUUUUAUUUUAGGGUUUACUAUAGAAGUUUAUACGAUUGCCAAACUGUAAAUACAUUUUGCAAGUCCAACAGUUAAGAAGGGGAUGAAUAUACAAGAUUAGUAGAAGGCCUGCAGACCGAAAGACGGUUUUAA